AUGGCUUACCAACAACCCCCCUACGGCGGAUACGGAGCACCUCCUCCAGGGCAAUAUCCUCCGCCUCAACAACCGUAUCCUCCCCAGGGUUACCAGCAGCAGCCGCCUUACGGCGCUCCCCAAGCGGCACCCUACCCACCACAGCAGUACGGGUCGUCCGCACCCCCGCCUGGUCAAUAUCCCCCUCCCCAGCAGCCCUACCCUCCGCAAGGCGGCUACCAGCAACAACAACAGCCUUACGGCGCUCCUCCUCCCGGUCCUCCUGCUCCCGGAUACGGCGCCCCUCCACCCCAGCAAUAUCAACAGCCUUAUGGCGCUCCCCCUCCAGCUCCGGCCCCUUACGGCGCUCCUCCUCCCCAGCAGUACGCCCCACCACAACCCGCAUACGUUCAACCCACUCCGCCGUCUCUUGGAUAUGGACCGGCGCAGCAGAUAGGCUGGGAUGGAGUCGCGGAUGCUGAGACACUCCGAAAGGCCAUGAAGGGCUUUGGCACAGAUGAGAAAGCUCUCAUACGUGUAUUGGCAAGCAAAGAUCCACUGCAAGCCAAUGUCCUGCGGCAAACCUUCAACUACCGCUUUAGCCGAGAUCUUAUUAAAGAUAUCAAGAGCGAAACAUCUGAUUGGUUUGAAGAGGGCCUUUGUGCACUCGCUCGUGGACCAUUGCAACAAGAUGUUUAUUUAUUGCACGAAGCCAUGUCUGGUCCUGGUACCAACGAAAUGCUACUUAAUGAUGUGUUACUGGGGAGAUCAAAUGCCGACAUACGGGCGAUCAAGGAGGCGUAUUCUAAGACAUACCGCAGCAAUCUAGAAUCAGAUGUCAGGGGAGACUUGAGCAUGAAGACCGAAAGACAUUUCAUGAUGGUUUUGGCGGCCAACAGGAACGAAGAGAGUGCGCCAGUUAUCCCACAACAGAUUGAUGCGGAUGUGAUGGAACUAUACAAAGCAACCGAGGGCAAGACGGGAACAGACGAAUUGCUGGUGUGCAAUAUCCUUACUCAGAGAAGCGAUGCUCAAAUUAGAGCCAUUGCGCAUACAUAUCAGGAGAAGUUUAGGAGAGAUCUGGAGACUGUCAUCAAAAAGGAAUUCUCCGGCCAUAUGGAGGACGCUCUCUUGCACCAGCUUCGAACCGGCACCGAUAAAGCGAUGCGCGACGCCGUCAGCCUUGAAGACGCGAUGGCGGGUAUGGGGACCAAGGAUAUGCUCCUCACGAAUAGAGUCAUCAGGGCGCACUGGGACAGAAACCAUAUGCAACAAGUCAAGGGAGCAUUUCAGCAUAGAUUCAGGACGAGUCUUGCGAACAGGAUCCGGGGUGAGACAAGUGGCGAUUACGAAGACUUGCUUGUUGCUUGUUUGGGCGGAUAA